GCUCCGCCAGCGCACGUUGUCCGUCUUCUUCACACUGCAGACUGUUUUCUAAGAUAUAACACUUCUACUACUGCUAAUAAUAACAAUGUACGAUAAUGACACUCUACUGCUUUUCCUGACUUAUCUUCUCGUUUGCAUUGGAUUUAAGGCAACAUCAGUGCAAUCUGCCAUGUACGAGACAGAUGUGGUCGUGCCACAGGAGCUGCAGCCGGAUGAGAUGCACCUGCUUUCGGGAGUUUACAGGUGGAGCAGAGGCCGCAAACGCCGCUCGGACCCUCAGCGCGAGAACCAUCUGUUCCUGCGGCUUCCGGCUUUUGGAAAGGAGCUGUACUUGGAGCUCCAGAGAGAUGCCUCUUUCCUCACCGAGGGGUUUGUGACGGAGGAGAGGAGGGAGGAGGGCAGCGUUCAGCAUGAGCCUCUUCCAAAGGUCCGCCAGUGUUUCUAUAAUGGAGCCAUUCUCAAUCAUACGGACUCCUUCGUCUCGUUGGACACUUGUGGAGGACUGACUGGCCUGGUUCAGACUGCAGAGGAAAGACUGUUCAUCGAGCCAGUGGGCCAGGCCGCAGAUUCCUUCUCUGGCUGGAAACACCGAGUGAUCCGGGAAAAGCAUUCUUCACCAGACGGACCUGUUCCCGCUGCAGACGGCAGAGAACAAUUCUGCCAAACCAUCCAAGACAAGAAGAAAGAGAAAAUGCCAAGAGGAGCAGAGCAGGUGCGCAGCAGGAGGAACGCCAUCAGAUUGAGUCGAGAGUAUACGGUGGAGACGCUCGUGGUUGCAGAUGCAAACAUGGUGCAAUAUCACGGAGCUGAGGCAGCUCAACGUUUUCUUCUCACCGUCAUGAACAUGGUGUAUAACAUGUUUCAGCAUCAGAGUUUGGGUCUGAGGCUCAACAUCCGGGUCACCAAGCUGGUUCUCCUGCACAACCGUCCAGAAAAGCUGAAGGUGGGUCAUCAUGGAGAAAAAGCCCUAGAGAGCUUCUGUCACUGGCAGCACGAGGAAUAUGGCGCCCGAUAUCUGGGAAACAAUCACGUUCCUGGCAGCAGAGAUGACCCUCCUCCUGUGGACGCGGCUGUGCUGGUCACCAGAACAGACUUUUGCGUCCACAAAGAUGAGCCUUGUGACACAGUUGGAAUUGCAUAUCUGGGCGGCACCUGUAGCUCCAAGAGGAAGUGUGUGCUGGCGGAGGACAACGGACUCAAUUUGGCCUUCACCAUUGCUCAUGAGCUCGGACACAACAUGGGCAUAAGCCAUGAUGAUGAUCAUGCCAGCUGCACGGGUCACUCUCACAUCAUGUCUGGUGAAUGGGUAAAAGGACGAAACCCCAGCGACCUCUCCUGGUCCACCUGCAGUCGGGACGACCUGGAGAAGUUCCUCAGGUCUAAAGCCAGUGGUUGUUUGCUGCACACUGAUCCCCGUAACCGAUACCUCGUCCGUCUGCCGGCAAAACUCCCCGGGAUGCACUACAGCGCUGAUGAGCAGUGCCAGAUCCUGUUCGGCACCAACGCCACUUUCUGCACUGAUAUGGAGCACCUGAUGUGCGCAGGUCUUUGGUGUUUAGUGGAAGGAGACACAUCAUGCAAGACCAAACUAGAUCCUCCGCUGGACGGCACAGAAUGUGGAGCUGAUAAGUGGUGCCGGGCUGGUGAGUGUGUCAGUAAGACGCCUAUCCCGCAGCAUGUGGACGGAGACUGGAGUCCCUGGAGCACGUGGAGCAUGUGCAGCCGGACGUGUGGCACAGGAGCGCGCUUUCGACAGAGGAAAUGCGACAACCCACCGCCCGGUCCAGGAGGAAAAUACUGUCAGAAGGCCAAUGUCGAGCAUAAAGUGUGUGAAGGUCCACCGUGUACAAAGGGUCUGCCUACAUUUAGAGACCAGCAGUGUCAAUCUCAUGAGCGACAGGCCAGUAAGAAGAGCCAGAUGUGGACAGCUGUCAUCGAUGAUGAAAAGCCAUGUGCUUUGUAUUGCACACCCGUCGGCAGUGAUUCACCAGUGUUAGUGGCAGAACGGGUGCUGGACGGGACGCCAUGUGGACCUUAUGAGAGCGACCUGUGUGUCAACGGAAGAUGCCAGAAAAUCGGCUGUGAUGGCAUCAUCGGAUCGUCUGCAAAAGAAGAUCGAUGUGGCGUCUGCAACGGUGACGGCAAAUCCUGCAGGAUCAUCAAAGGAGACUUCAACCACUCCAAAGGCAUGGUCCCUCAUAGCCUUUGUAAGAAGGUUUCUACGUGCGUGAUGUCAAAACCCAGAGCUGUUCUCAAGUGUUUCUCAUGCUACAUCGAGGCGGCUGUGAUUCCAGUGGGAGCUCGGAGAAUCAAAGUGGUGGAGGACAAACCAUCACACAGCUUUCUGGCUCUGAAGGACUCCAGCAAGAGAUCCAUAAACAAUGACUGGAAGAUCGAGCUGCCCGGGGAGUUUGAGCUCGCUGGCACCACGGUGCGCUACGUGAGGAGAGGAUUGUGGGAAAAGAUGUCUGCCAAGGGACCCACUAAAACUCCACUCCAUCUCAUGGUUCUGCUGUUCCACGAUCAGACGUACGGGAUCCACUAUGAGUAUACGGUAGCUCUGAACCAGUCUCAGGAGAACAGCAGUGAUCUGGUGAAGGAGCCGGAGCAUAUGUACCUGUGGACCCACAGCAGCUGGGAGGACUGCAGCGUGCACUGCGGAGGAGGAGAGAGACGGACCGUGGUGUCAUGCAUGAGAAUCAUCAAUAAGACCAUGACUCCAGUAAACGACAGCUUCUGUCAGCUGGAGAACAAACCCUCGCCUCAGAUCCGCCAGUGCAACAUCCACCCCUGCCAGUACAGGUGGGUGACUGGCGAUUGGACGCAGUGUUCAUUAACCUGUGGUAAAGGCUUGCAGCAGAGGGAAGUCGGCUGCGUUUACCAACUGCAAAAUGGCACAUAUAUUCCCACCAGAGACCUGUACUGUCUGAGCUCCAAACCGGCCAGCGUUCAGCACUGCGAGGGACGUCACUGCCUCACCGUGUGGGAGGCAUCCGAAUGGUCCCAGUGUUCCUCUGAAUGUGGACACGGCAGCAGGAGGCGGACAGUGACCUGCACUAAUCCUCAGGGUCUCUGUGACCCUGUGUCCCGUCCCGCUGAAGUGGAGGCCUGUGAGGAUCACUCCAAAUGUUAUGAGUGGAAGACCGGCGAAUGGUCCAAGUGCUCGUCAUCAUGUGGGCGGGGCUUGCAGUCCAGAGUGGUCCAAUGCAUGCACAGAGUGAGUGGUCGCCACGGCAGCGACUGUCCAGCAGUGCUGAAGCCAGCAACGUACAGACAGUGUCAUCAGAGCACCUGUAAUGCCAGAGGGAACAUCAACACCAUCACCUCUCCCAGACUGGCUGCAUUGACGUAUAAGUGCGCGGGCGAUCAGUGGGCGGUUUACUGCAAGGUGAUCCGAGAGAAGAACCUGUGCCAGGACAUGCGCUGGUACCAACGCUGCUGCCAGACCUGCAGAGACUUUUACACCAACAAAAUGCCCCCCAAGAGUUAAUGAGCCCAGCACAGCCACACAUAGAGCUUUAUUUUUGCUUUUCUCAUUUGUACUGUUGAGAAUAAUGUUUUAUAUUCUUUAAAAAAAAUGUUAUGUGUAAAUGAAAGCAGCGGACAGACAUUUCCAAGCAGAACGUUUCUAACUAUGCAGCUUUUGAAGGCACUGAGGUUUGUCUCCACCUAAGUAUGUGUUGGCCGUGUGUUUGCGUACUUGAGUAACGUUUAGUUCUUGUUUUUGGACUUGAAGGUUUCUUGUUUUGCUGUAAUCCACUCUUUGCCCCUGGAAAUGAGUUUUUUAGCAUCCUGUUGCACUGUGGGUAAAGCUCAUUUCACCAGAUAUCCAGCUGAGGUUGCUUUUUAAAGGCCACUGGUUGGCCAUUAACUGAUGGACUUUAACAAUCUUUUGUCUUGUUUUUUUUCUUUUUAAAUGUUUUGUUUAGUAUUAAAGUAACUUCUCUUGUCAUGUUCACUCUGCACCCAAAACCUAGUGAGCUUCCUUGGUCCUUUAUUCACUAUUGGUUUCGGAAUUUCUUUAUAAGCCAUAAAUAUUUGAAUAAAUUAGCAAAUCAACUUUUAAUAAAUCAUAAAUCAAAUUUUGGUAAUCAUUUAAGCAUCAAAUGCAUUAUGCACAGUAUAUAAAUAAUUGUUACAUUUUUAUCCAUCAGCUUGGAUGUUUUCUUUUCCCUGAACUUGCUGUAAUGGAUUUACAUUGAUGCAUUUGAGAAAUGCAUUUUUUUGACAUGGCAUUUCAUGCGAGCGCCUUCCUUUUUGAUUGCCCCUAUUAUGCAUUAUAAUAGGUCAUAGUAUGGUUUUGGGGUCUCCAACACCAGGCUGAUCUGCAUGCAAGAUCAAAAAACACUAUCAUUGUCGUAUAAUAUGCAUUUACUUUUACCAGAAUAUCCCAAUGACUCCCAUAUGGUUUGUUCCAAACCCCUCUUUUGUGUGAUGCUAAUCUGCAGUAAUUGGUCUGUUGGCCCAGUCUGUUGUGAUUGGUCCAAUGACCCAGUCUGUUGUGAUCUGUUCGAUGACCCAGUCUAUUGAGAUUGGUCUAAUGACCCAGUGUG